AUGCUACUCGCUUUCAUUGGUGCUCAAAGACUAAAUCCUUGCUGUUUCUUGGCCUAUGGUUGGCUGCAAAUAUACGAAGCUUAUGUAUCGCUUCUUAGAAUAGAAGAUUUCCUCCUCUUAAAAGAUUUGCCUGCAGUCUCAUGUGAUCACACGUCUGACAAAAGUAAAUCUGAAUUGAAAGAGUUAAAAAGCGGAUUGAAGGAUCACGAGGAAAGAGUCGAAGUCAAUCACUUUGACGAUGCAAUGGAUGAGCGGGGCAUGGCAAUAGAUUUGUGUGUGUCGAAUUUGACAUGCAUGCAAGUCGGUCGAGAAGAGGAAUACAUCUUAGAAAAUAUCGACCUUAGAACAGAAUCAAAAAGCUUGACAGUUAUUACUGGACCAGUGGGAAGUGGGAAAUCUACUCUACUCUCGGCCAUCGCCGGAGAGGUACCAAAAAAAAAUGGAACACUGACUCGCCCAGAAAAACUUGCUUACGUUCCACAGAUUGCAUGGGUCUUCUCCGGGACAAUUCGGGAAAAUAUCUUGUUUGGUCUGCCAUACGAUGAGCAGAUGUAUAAGAGAGUGCUCCGAGCGUGUGCACUUGAUAAGGACAUGCAGGAAAUGCCCGAUGGAGACUUAACUGUUGUUGGAGAACGCGGUGAAGUUCUUAGCGGCGGUCAGCAGGCAAGAGUAAGUUUAGCUCGCGCAGUGUACGCUGAUGCAGAUCUUUAUUUGUUGGACGACCCUUUCAGUGCUUUGGACUUUAAAGUUGGUCGACACAUCUUUGAAAACUGUAUUCAAGACUUCCUGGGCGACAAAACCAGGGUAUUAAUCUCUCAUCAAGAGCAGCACAUGAAAGAGGCGACUGAAGUGGUAGUCUUAAACAAAGGCCGUGUUUUAGGAAGGGGAACUUUCACAGAUCUUCAAGGGGAAGGUUUUCUUAAUACGACUGUUAAUCCACUGCAUCAGAAAGCUCCAAAAGAUUCGACAUCCGACAAGAAAUAUAAUGAACAAGAAGAGAAGUUCAUCGAUAUUAGCGACGAAAAAGAUCCACCAUCCACUGGAGAGAAGGGCCUGACAAUAUCGGAUGAGGAUCGUACUAUCGGAAGGGUGUCACCGAAGCUUUACUGGGACUACUUCAGCAGUGGAACUCACUCUAUGGGAAUCCUUUCCAUGAUGUGUUUGUUCCCCAUUGCGCAAGGUAAGCCUUUCUUAUCUGAUCUGAUGGUCGACUGUGUUUCAUGGAAAACGCAAAAGAACUCAACUUUAGACAAGAGACCUGCUAUAACCUAAUUGCUGUUUAUUAUCUUGCGGCGUUCGGAAUCGAGAUCAAGAAGUAGAGUGAUUUUACAUGUGAAGAGAUUUCGUCAUGUUGGUCAGUCCUACAUAAAGAUCCCAUGAAGAUUUGAAUUUUUUAUAGCUUUUUUCUGGCUGAGGUAGUAGAAAAUGAGGGUGCACUUUGUUCUUCACGUCAAGGACAACAGAAGAGCGUGAAAUCAUUCAUUUUAGUGGCAAAUUUCUGAAAUUGUGAACCUAGGUUGACAGUAGAUCGAGAGAAAAAUGAGUUACCCUUUCUUAACUCGUAAAUCGAUAAGAGUUUUUGUUUUGAACUGAUGUGCCAAUGUAUUUCAAGUUGGAGGUGAAUGUUCAACCCUAGGUCGCUGUCGAUGGCCGCGGCUGAGAAAGUUGUUGUCGUAAGUGAAAACUAAUACACUCUACUUGCAGACGUGGAAUUUAGAAAGACUAUCUAUCCAGUUAUUGCUAAGUUCUACUUACAUAUAGUCACCCCUGUAGCAUUAGACCUUGUGGAAACUUAAUUGGUUUGUUUUAAUUUCAGCAAUAAUUGUCGCUCCCGAUGUUUGGCUCUCGCUUAUGACGAAGAAGCUUCCAGAAGAUCAGAGAAACAAGAUAAACAUUAUCAUCUACACUUGUCUUGUCAGUGGGUGCGUUAUGCUCGCCUUCGUUCGAGCAUAUGCUUUCCUAUGGAUUUCUCUGAAAUGUUCUGAAAGUCUCCAUGACUUGAUGGUAGUGGCUCUUCUGCGAUCACCAGUGUUGUUUUUUGAUUCAAAUCCAGUAGGAAGAAUACUCAAUCGGUUCUCGAAAGACAUUGGCUGCAUGGACGAGCUUUUGCCCAAAGAGUUUCUGUUGUCAAUUCAGUUAUCAUUACUGGCUAUUUGUACGAUACUUAUACCAACUGUUGCAAAUCCUUGGCUCCUGUUCGUCAUUAUUCCGUUGAUGACUUUUGUGGCAUUCGUCUCCAAGUAUUACUCGAAAACGUCCCGAGAGUUAAAAAGGUUGGAAUCAAUCAGCCGCAGCCCUGUUUUCUCCCACAUAUCGGAGACUUUGAAUGGAUUGGAUACAAUUCGGACAAGAAAUAGGCAGAGAGACUUCGUCCAUGAGUUAUACAGGUACGUUAGCGGUUUCUUUCUGUAGAAGUGACGCCUUGUUAAAAAAAGGAAUUUCUGCUUUGCACCUUCAAACAAACAAGUUGCGGAAACACGCGGAACAAUUACCAAUUUCUUUUUCCUAGAUACCAAGAUACCCAUAAUCAGAUAUCUAUCAUGGUGAUGGCCAGUGCCAGAUGGCUCGGAGUGCGCCUGGACGUUGUUGCUUCCCUGAUAGUUGGUUCAGUUGCUGCAGCAACAGCGUUUGUGGCCCAAGAUGCCGGUAAGUAUUAAAGAGAGGGAAUGUUUUCGGUUCACUGUCAACAAACAUAAAAAGUCAUUAACUUUAAGUUAGAGAAAUAUCUGAUUUCUUAAUGAGAAGUUGACUUUUAGCAUCAUCAUUGUCAGCAUUCAUUAUCGUCGUCAUUGCCGUUGCAGUCACCGUUGUUGUUGUCUUCGCCGUCCUUGUUAUCAUUAGUUUAGGAAGUUUAAGAAACUAUGACGAAAAGAACGACGUUAAGACCAGUAAGCGCAGAGAACGAGAGACGGAAAAAAGGACGUUUUGGGCGGCAAAAGGAAACUAAAGCGAUGUUGUUAUUUAAAGACGACGGCGUUUGAAAUUUCGGUUAACUUCGCGUCGUAAAGAGAUAUGACAUCCUUCGGGCGCAUUGAAAACUUUGCUUUUCUUAGUUAUUUCAUUUUUAAGUAUUUCUUCUAAAAGAAAAUCAAGCUGUGAAAUCUUAACAUCGAUACCACUGUCUCUUUCUUCUUACAGUCGAACCUGUAUUAAGCGGCACCGUAAUUAGCGGGCAUUAUGUAUUAAGCGGUCAGUUGUCUAACUUCCGAAAUUUUUACCUCUUAUUUACACAGUUUUUUAAAACGGAACCACUCAAGCAAAACUGAGAAUAAUCCUUAUCGUAAUAUUUAUCGAUAUUUAUCUCCCGUAAUUAAUGUUAAUUGUUUUAUUGAGCGAAUUUUUGUAUAUUAAGCGGUCAAUUAUGGCCCAUGAUGACCUUUUCUAUCGAUUCUUUAUAAUACUCUAUUCUGCAGUAUAAAGCGGUCAACCUGCACUAAGCGGUUACCAAGCCAUUUCUCGUGGGUGACCGCUUAAUACAGGUUUGACUGUUUUUCGAUUUUAAUCCUGAAUUUGUUUUGUCAAAAUAUUGUAUCGGUCGUGGACUGACUUUCCUGUGACUAGGAACUUUCUCGGUGGUAUGGCAUUCACAUAAUUUGCCAGUGCUUCUCGUUCUAGACCUGAUUCUAGAUUUGUAACGUUCAAUUGCAAGAACAUCUAGGACGUAAUUCAGUAUAUCAAGGUCAGUGUUCCAUUGUUCCGAAUUUUUUUUAAUCUCGGUACCUAUAUUAACUGAUGCAACUUGAAUGUCGUUAUAACAUUUAAAAUACCAAACUUUUGGUAAAUUGUGUGACAACGAGGUAAAUUAUGUGUUGUACGUAACGAUCAUCUAUUCUGCACCAUUUUUGCCAGAUUUUCAAGGUGGAUAAACAAGUAAACAAACUAUAAUACAUAGAUUUAGCCAAGCCUAAAAGCGGAGGUUGAAAAGUUCUAGAUGGUAUUUCCUCAAGUUUGCCAUUAAUUGAAUUUACUGAAAGGUGGAUUUGUUGCAACAUGUUAACAUGAAAUGCAACAAUAAAUUUUAUUGAUAUGUAAAAGGUAUUCAUUUGACUAUCUGCUGGCAAGUCUUUGCAUUUUAUUUCAACCCAACUAUUUUCCACAACUUUUAAACACCAUUAAAAAAUAAUUAGUCAGGGAAAUGGAAAAUUUGUGGCAUAUACACCAUGUUUGAAAUGUCAAGUCCAUAGUAAGCUAACAGGAUUGAGAAGGGUAUAAGUGGGAAUAGAAUCUCUUGUCUUCAUCAUUAAUUUGCUAACUGCUCCUGUUGGCAAUGUUUUGAUGAGGUUGGGUUGUCAGGGCAAAGAAAAUGAGGAUUUUAGUCGGCAGUGACUUUUUCAAACCUGGAAACUACCAUCAUGAAAGCCAGACUUGUGCCUGGUAACUCAUUCUUAUUCUGAUGAACUAGUUUUAAGAAGGAUACAAUAUUCUAUUACAUAAAGUUGAUGCAUAAGCUGUGCACAAAACUUUAAUUUGACUUUAAUUUUAUAGCCAAUACCAAUCCUUAGACAUAAUAAUAUAUUAGGAAGAUCAGAGGAAAAAAUUAUGUGCCAUACAUCUGCGAGAUUUCAUGUAAUUAUUUUAAUUACAUGAAUAUUAACUGAUCUAGAAGAUAUAAGAAUAUUCAAAAAAGAAGAAAAUUUGAUUGAAAAAUUAGAAUUUAGCAUAGGCCAGAUAAACAAGAUUCUUAGAAAAGAAAUGUGUACUAAUGAAAAAGCUAAGCAAACUUUUUUACAAAACCUGCCUGUAUCUGCACGGCAGAUAAUAAAGUCAUUCAAAGUAGUCAUAAUCCCGGUUUUAUAUGUUGAAAACACAUGCACGCGCAGAUUUCCUCUAAACCUGUAGUUCAAGCCUGCAAUGACUUUUAAAUUUUGAUGAAUACCUAAAAAAGAGAACAAAUAAAUGUCUAGUUUCUAUUUAUUUAGUUUACACGUUGGUUAGUGAGGUAAAACUGAGUCAAACAUUCAUACGACGACAGGUUCAAGAAAUUUUCAUAGCAAAUUUUUAAGGUUAGUCUUAACAAUCACCUUCAUGAGCAAAUUAGACCAGGUUUGUACUGAUGAUGCCCAAAAGAACUAUCUGUGGUAAGAGGGCAGGCUCUUUUUCAUUUAAAGAAAUACUGAGGUUAUCAUCUCCCCACAAGUUCAGUGCAAAGUGAGAGUGAAUAAGACUGAUAUUGACUAUGUUGAAAAAAUAUUCAGAGGAGGAUAAAAAGUAAGAUAUGGUCUGCACAACUCUCUUAUUUUAACUUUUUAACCUUAAAAGCUAAGGCAUUUAUAUUCUUGCGUUGUGCCCUAUGUGGACGUCAAUUAAUUCAACUUUCAUGCUUCAAAAUACAAAAAAAGGUUCUUUUCAUCUAUGAGCCCUAAACAUUAUAGGGGAGGAAGCAGGUCAUAGUAAAAACCUGAAUUAAAAUAGGAGGGCCCCCAUUAAUUUCAGUCCUAAUUUAAGGAGGAUCCUUGCUUUUACAGAUUUCCAUCCUUUAAAACUCGCAUAUCUUGUGACCAAUUCCUUAGAUCAAUGUUUAGUUUGGGCAUAAAUAUCGGUAAGAAACACUAUGCAUUAAUGAAUGCUUGAGCAAGAGUGUUUAAUGCCAUCUAAAUAAUAAUAUUACAUGUUACAAUGUAGUAACUUACACAGCAAAUUUAUAUAAUCACACAAUUCCAAACGACAGAAGUCAGGUUCUUGACUCACCUGCCUUUAAGGGCCCAAGGUGGGAAUAGAUAUGGUAAACAGUUACAAUUAAUACAAAGUUGAAAGUUUGAAAGCUAAAAGAUAUACAUUACAAUUAUCAGACCCUAUGCGUCCUGGCAAAAAAAGGGUCAAUUGCCACCAUAACUUCUCCCAAACAUCCAUGCUUACAGGAAAUCAUUAAUUUUUUUCACUAGGUGGUACUGUACUUACAAUACUUCUAUCAACACAAAUGUGCUUUUCUAAAGUUAUCUCAUACCAUAUGACUGUACAGGUCAUGUGGAAGGUUCCUGCAUGGGGGAAUGACAUUUCAAUUACCUCAGCAAACUUUAAUUAUCAGAAUUGCAAGUCAAGCUGUAUUUACCAAGUGCUCAAGUUUCCAAAUCAGUCACCUAAUUGUUACAUUGGAGUUCACUCCUUUUAGAGGCUCUCUUCAGCUUGAUCAUCCUGUUACACGUGAAAACAUCAAAUAUUACUAACAUAUUAAAAUAAUUGUUUAGUCAUGGUACUUUUCAGCGCUAUUUUUUCAUGCUUUCUACUCGAUUCGUUCGAACUUCAGGAAAUGGUUUGUCUCACAAAACAUGGAGCCACUUUCUCUUCGCUCAACAUCUCGAGGCACACUUACUGCUCGGGUUAUGAUGAACAUCCUUGCGAUGCGAUAAUUUUUUCCUAAUGCUGGAAACUGAAGAAUCAAUCUCUGAAAUUGCUGGUCAUCACAUUUUGCAAGAAGCGUCCGAGCUGUGAUCGUGUAAUUAAACGGGGUUCUGGCAAUUAGAGCUCACAAGCACGCUGGUAUGCAUAUGGUUAACGUAAAUAAUUGUUGUUUACAGUUUUCAAAUUCAAGAGCCGUUUUUGAGAGUCUGUUUCUGUAACCUUCCUGAAUGUUUUCUGUUAAAUUCAUUGAGGUACAAUUUCGGAAUUUCGUAAUUGAUUAUAAACAAUAAAUUCGUAUUAGCACCAUAAUUUAGGGACGUUUUCAUGACAUAUUAUUGCUUUAAAAUUUGUGAACCAUUUCUGAAACCUGCUUGGAUAUUUUCUUUUGAAUCAAUUGAAUCACACUCUCGAAAUUUCAUCAAUAAUUAAGAACGAUAAAUCCGUAUAUGUAGCACAAGUGAAUGCCACAUUUUAAACUUUCCAUACGAUUUUAGGAAACUAUACUUAAUUGACUCUGGAUAGAUUAGCCUGCGAUAACUAGUUGAUUAUUUUAUUAUUUUGUAGCCUCAAAAGCUUGGCUCAAGACUCUGGAGGUACUUAACUUGACAUACUUAAUACACAAGGCAUCCUUCAAGGAAGAAGGUUGGAAUACAAUUACUUUUAGGACCGUUUAUUGCACCCAGUUUACAUAUGUAGAUAAUUGCUUAAAAAUACCAAUUAUAGUUGUAUUCAGAGGCAUAAACAUAUAGGUAAUAUUUUUCUAAUUUUUCAAUAACCUUCUUCCUUUAACCCUUAUCUCCCAUGUGUGAUCAAGACAGAAUUUCUCCUUACAAUAUCAAUACAAUAUCAGGCAGAAAAGUGAUGAGAAUAUAGAAAAAUACUAAUUAGGGCAGGGAUUAUUAAUUCAUCCAUAGCAAAUUCUUGAAACUAACAUCACAAGAACUAACUAUGUGGCAGACAGUAAGGAGAAUUGCUAAUAAGGUUUGGGAAGUUAAAGGGUGAAUUGUGCUCCUGAAAUGGUGAAUGGUAUUGAAGAAAAAGUAAAACAAGUUCUUGAAACAUUCAAUGUUAAAUAAAACUUUGUCAUGAAUGUUAACCCUUAAACUCCCAUGAGUGACCAAGACAUAAUUUUCCCCACAAUGUCAAUACAAUAUCAACCAGAUAGGCGAUAAGAAUAAGGACAAAUAUCAAUUUGGGGAUAAUAAGUUGAUCCAAUACUUAAUUCUCUGAACUAACAUUGUAAGAAUUGUAUGGUUGAUAAAGGGUUAUUAAUUGGGAUGGGAACCAAAACAUCUGUUAAGCUAUAAUUAUAACAAAUAACUUUCCAUGUAAACAAACCAUAAUGAAGCAUGAUAUGAAUCAAUUUAAUCUCAUCCAGUUUGAAUAUAGAAUCCCAAUCUAAUUAACUUACAAAAGGAAUAGGAAAAAGCUCAAUGUGUUUUUCCUGCUUCUGUUAUUCUAAAUAUCACAAAUCAAUCAUGCCACCACUUCAGUGUGAUUUAUUUUUGAUGAUGUCAACUGUUUCUUAUGGACAUCUAUUCUUAGUAUCUAUCUUUUUAUCAGCUGACAUCUGAGAAGAAUCAAGUCCACACUGGCAAUUUGACACAGUUCAGGCAAACCCUUAAAUUGAUUAAAUUUUAUUUGAUCAAAAACAUGAAAGGCAAUUGGGGAAAUUAACUAGCACAAUCCAAAUUUCUCUUCUUAAGUAUUCUGUAAUGUUUCUUCUAUCAAAUGGUAAAGUUUACAGUUUCCCUCAUUUUACUGUCUUCUGUUCAUUUGUUUGUUCCUAACAACCUCAACUAUUACUACCAACAAAUACGAGGGCUAAUAAAACGUGUACAGCUGUUAACACUUGAAUCCCUGAGAGAGACUAGCACCUAAUUUAUCCAUGAACAUAAGACGUAAGCUACCAGCAACAGGUUUAUCCAUUGUUUCAUAACAUCAGAUUCUCGUCACAUUUUUUUGUUACAUUUGAAAGCAUAUGAAAAUUUUAAUCAUUAUAAUAUAAUGAAAUCCCUCUUUUUAACCCUUUUAGUCCCAUUAGUGACCAAGACAGAAUUUAUCCUACAUUAUCAGUAUGAUAUCAAGCAGACAAGAAAUAAGAAUAAGGAAAAAAAUAACAAUCAGGGGAUUUUUGGUUGAUCUAAUUCCAAAUUCUUCAACCUAACAUCACAAAUUGUAUGGCAGUCAGUAAGGAGAAUUACUCACGAAAUCUUGAGAGUUAAUGGUUAAGAGACAUAUGGUAAUCAUUUGUACCAGAAAGACAGUGAAUAAAUGUAACAUACUCCAGGAAAGUGUUCUUUAAUACAAUGAAGUUUCAAACUCUUUGAAAUUAAGUUGACUUCAUGAUUCAGAUUUUGGUUAAAAACAUGUAAUAUCUCUUUACAUGGAUGAAAAGAGAAUGCCAUUUAUGAAUUUUAAAAUAGUAAAUGUCAAAAACUUAAAGAUGGAAUUGAAAAAAACUGCUAAAAUAUGACAUAUCUAUUCACUGAUAAUUAAAUCAUUAGCUGGCACAAGGAGAUAUAAAAGAGGCUUUGUGAAAAAACUAGGGCAAUAAAAUUAAAGAUUCAGGAGAAGCAUAUGACAUCAAGUAGUUUACUGAUGUUUUCACCUGAAUUCAAUCUAGAAAGAGAGCUGUGCAACACUUCUGUUUUAUCUUCUCACACUUCAAUUAAAACAUGAAAUUUAAUUAUUUAGGGAGGAAAUUGAAUGGAUAUAUGUUACAUAAAAAGAAAACUCUUAUAACAAAAAUAAAGCAGAAACAUUUUACGGACAUGUUUAUGCUUCUGAAUACAGCUACAAUAAGUAUUUUAAGCAACUAUCUACAUAUGUAAACCGGGUGCAAUAAACGGUCCUAAAAGCAAUUUUAUUCUAACCUUCCUCCUUGAAGGGUGGCUUGUGAAGUAUGUAUAUCAAGUUAAGUACCUCCAGAGUCAUAAUUCGGGCUUUUGAGGCUACAAAAUAAUAAAAUAAUCAACGAGUUAUCGCAGGCCAAUCUAUUCAAAGUCAAUUAAGUAUAGUUUCCUAAAAUCAUAUGGAAAGUUUAAAAUGUGCUUCACUUGUGCUACAUAUACCCUAUACCCUAGAAAGAAUUAGAUACUUGCGCUCGCCGUUUGCUAUCAUUGAAAACUUCUUAGGCAAAACAAAUUAAAAUACGUAAGAUAACUUCUUUCCCCUUAACACAACGACUGUAUUAAACAUUCCAAACGACAGGACAGGAUAUACCUCAAACAAUACGAAUACUUUGAAAUGUUAUUCGGGCGAUGAACCGGCGCGAGGGUUUUUAGGCGAUGAAUGCCAGUCAUACCGAACUGAUUUUAAUUAUAAACUGAAGCUAGUAUCAAACGCCGAUUGGUUGAAAAGGUUUGAAUUCUUUUGGGCCUUAGCGUAAGAAAAAACCAAGAUAAGACACGACUUACCUCCUCUUCUUUCUCGGAUCCUUUAUGGUUCGCCUCUCUUUGUUGAUGACCUUUUUUUAGUCUAUUUUCAGGAGCGUCUUUGUAGUUCCUUCUCGCGUUGCUCUUCGCUAGAUAUUCGCCUUUUUACUUAUGCCUUCUCUUGUUUUUUUUCGCGCUCCUCUCACCGUAUUCUAUCUAUUUUGGUGUCCUCUCUAACUUUCUUGCCCGUUUUUCUCGACUCGCCCUACGUCUUUUACUUCUAGUUUUUUUGGUCGCUCUUUCUCUUUCUUUUCAGCCUUUUUUCACUCCAAAACCUCUCUCCACGAACUUGAAUUAUAACAAUUUCCUCCCGUUGACAAAGCUUUAACUCUGCCGGGAUUGUUGCUUUGCGAGUUGAUUAGAAAUUGCAAAAUACUGAGAAUUACUGUUCAACUUCAUCUCACCAGUUUGAUUUCCCGCUCAAAACGCGGGUUUCAAAUUAUUUGCUUACAUGGCUUGACAUCUUCUGGCCCAAGUGAAGCACUCUUGUAAUUCCUAACCGUGUGCCCGCGGCACGCUAAACUGAAGCUCGACACUCGAGUAUGCGCACUUCAUUGUCAUCUUCCGGUGUCUCCUAGAGCACACUAAUGGGUAUCCAAGUUAUGCACGCAAUUGCGUCCGCGCAUUACUUUCUUUCUCGCCCUUCCAUUACGUAAUGGCUUCCAUAGUGCCCGUGGUACAGUUGGCCGCGCAUGCUAAAAGUAGCACCUUGUACGUUCGGUCCUACGGUGUCAAGUCCAAAUUUUUUUCGGCUUGAUGGGUUAUUACUAUUUCGUAUAAUUAACAGGCUACGUUGCGCGCGCUGUGAGCUCCGCUGUUAUUUAACAAGGUAAUUUAGUGUUAUCAAUUGAGUUGAUAACGUAAAUCGCCCACCGUAAAGAGUUUAAAGGCUGACAUUUCAGGUGUUAGCCCUUCGUCAGAGCGAUCGAUGAAAGGCUAACGCUCGAAACGUCAGCCUUUAAACUCUUUACGGUGGCCUAUACUCUUCCACCGACGUAGCAGCAUAGUUUCUUUAGAAACUUACCCCCUUUAUUCAUAUAUAAUUUAACAAAAAAUAAAUUCCUACGCGAUCAGCAAAGAAUCAUGCUCGUGUAUUUGUUAUUGAAAUAAAAUUAUCGGAACUAAAACAUUUACUUAUAUUUCUGUUCAGUCACACGUCUUAAAUUCUGGAAACGGUUUCGCUUAACUUGAGAUAUAUAGGUAAGCACGCAUACUGCAAGAGGGGUGAUGAGGUUCCCAAAGUUACAAAGUUAAGAUCUUAAUAUAAAAAAUCUGACAGUUAACGUUUAAUACAGAAUAUUCCAUUUCUAAGCGAAUACUUGUGAAAAAAUUUCGUGGAUGGCGUUUCGUUUCGUCAGAUACUUUUCGUAAAUUUCAAGCGAACUCGUCGAGCAUCGUGCUCAAAGUCCCGUUCGCGAAGUCAAAAUGAAGCAAUCAGGCCCUCUAUCGCAGAGGGAUUCCCAACUGCACGUUUAUGAGUCACAAUGCAUACCAUGAAAAAUUGUCGCUGAGAUUUACGCACUAAAAGGUGCGACAUAAACUUUCCUUCCCUAGCUCGUCGAAGAUGCUGGGAGCCAAUCAGGUAGCAUUUUUCACCAGUUAGAAAAACGAUAGGUCCUAGCUGGAGCCAUGCACUGUGUUUUUCCACGUUUGAACCAUAUCAAGGUGAUUCAUUCAAUCUUCACUAGCUGCCUUUGGCUUUUGUAACCGCUCAGAAAAUUUUGAAAACCCGCUCCCAAGGUUUUGUGGCAGAUUAUAUAGAAAGCAUGGAGAACAAAAAUACAGAGGACAAAACAAAGCGAGAUUCUAAACUGUUCAAAGACUUUUGAGAACGAAGAUAACGAGGAUAGCCAAACGAAUUAAUUAACAAAUACAGAGGCCUUGACUGUGCUCUGUUCUCCUGUAAAGCAUGCUGAAAGCGGCUAGAGCACGAAAGAAGUGUAGGGAGAUACACGAGACGUAGUCGAUUGUUUCUCCACACUUUUUGAGUGCUCUGGCCGCUUCUUAAGUUGAGUGAAAAAUUUUACUUUUUCGCCCCUUGAAACUCUUCGCAAGUCGACGAGUGGACGACGACGAGAAUUCUAGGCCACGCUUGCGCAUUAAUGUUCAUCUCUCUUCCAGUAGUCGUUCUUCCAGUCUCGUGAUUGCUUAAGCUUUGCAGGUGUUGCUGUCGAUUUUCCAACUGCCGUCUUUAUUAUGAAGAUAAUGAAGAUGAGAAUGGUUGUAUAAUUAUUAGUAUUUCAUAGAAGGGACAGUUUUAUUCUCCUGUGGGAAAAUACAGAAUCACAUAUACAUAUGUUAUUCGCCAUUCGGGAGGUCCGUAUUAGGAAAGAAGGUUCUCAACACAGAAGGCAAAUUUUUUCCUAAUACGCACCGACCUGAGCUGGUCACAAUCUGAUACUGGUUUGGCAAACAAACUCAAGUCCAAUGACUGUCUUGACAAUUUUUUCUUCAAAAACAUUAAAUGAUCCAACGGAAAACAUUAUUCACUUCCAUCGACGAUUAGUGUACAAAGAAUACCUGUGCUCAAUCAGUAAAUGGCGAUGAAAGUAAUUAUAAGUAAUUCAGGGGCGUAAUAUUUUUACCAAAAGGAAGGAGCCCCCCCCCCCCCCCCCCUCCACGAUCCUAAUCCCCAAUUUUACUUUUUACUUCCAUAUUGUCCGUGCAUGGAAGGUUUAUAGAAAAUAUAAACUUUCAAAACUACAUUGUAAUUCUCUUCCUAAUAAAAAUUGUACUCUGUCACACGGUUCAUUAUAAGUAGUCAAUGUUUACAUUUUCAAUUUUCCUCCAUAAUUAGCAAUUGCCACUCUUGCACUUGUUUACGUCGUCCAAAUCACAGACACAACCCAAACGGCAGUGAGAAGAAGCUUGAAUGUUGAUAAUCUCAUGACGUCAGUGGAACGAGUUAUGACGUACACUAAGCUUGACUCUGAGCCUGGAUACAAAGUAGAAAAACGUCCCCCAGAACACUGGCCACGCGAAGGGAAAAUCACCUUUAAAGAUGUAUCACUGACAUAUUACCCGGGAGGACCUCAAGUACUAAAGAAAAUUAACCUUGAAAUCAAAGGCGGAACGAAGAUCGGUAUUGCAGGCCGUACAGGUGCAGGAAAGACUUCUGUUUUGGCAGCUCUACUGCGCAUGCCAGAUGCUGAUGGACAGAUAAUGGUUGACGAUAUUCCCAUAAUGGAGAUUAACAUUCAAGAAGCUCGACGAUGCAUAUCGGUUCUUGGACAAAGUCCAGUCCUAUUCAGUGGAACGCUGAGAAAAAAUCUCGAUCUUUUGGAGCAGUUUCAAGACAAGGAUUUAUGGCAAGCAUUGAGAGACACUCAACUGAAAGACGUAGUUGAGAGCCUGGAGGGACAGUUGGAUUACAAGCUUUCCGAACAUGGCGCAGAUAUCAGCGUAGGAGAAAGGCAGUUGAUUUGUUUGGCUCGUGUCUUGUUACACCGAAGCAAGAUCAUCAUCUUGGAUGAACCCACUGCACACGUAGAUCCAGAAACAGAGCACAAAAUGUGGAGGGUGGUACGCGAGAAACUGAAGGACUGUACCGUAAUUACCAUAGCUCACCGCCUGAGCUCAAUUAAAGAUUGUGAUAUGAUUUUGGUUUUAGAAAAUGGAGAAAUACGCGAAUUUGGCAAGUUUGAUUUAUUAGUGAGAAGAGAGGGAGGUAUAUUGAGUGAAAUGGCUAGUGUUUCAGGUAUCUAAAAUGUGCAUGGAAGAAAGUCACCGAAAACCUUGCCUCAUCUUAUUGUUCUUGGUAAAAGAUAGCAACAAAAUUAACCAAAUGCGACAGAAAGUUAAUCCCGCUCCCUUUUGAGCUGAGGUUUUUCAAAUUGGCUUUGCAAUGUGUUUUAUUCUACAUUUUUCGACACUUUAGCUCUUAUUCCGUUUUAGAAUGAUUUAGGUAACAAAAGCUUCUAAUGAAUUAUUGUCUUGACGUCAUGGCUCUCCUUGGGAGCACAGUAACGCAGAAGGAGCACCAAAAAACCUUAAAGAAAACACAAUCGAAUGCGCAAAGAAAUCGGUAAUCUUCUGUUAUUUUAUACCAAAAUGGUUGUAUGGUUUUUAGAGAUUUAAAUAAGUAGAUGUACUUGUCUGCCUGAUUUUUAAACUAACAGGGAUAAAAAAUCUUAGCAUCGUUUGCGUCAUUUUGAGGAUUUUGUUAGCUUCAGAAAGCUUUGAGCUGAGUACACCAUCAUGCACCUGUAGCGAUGAAAAAGUACAUUAUUUCCUCUUUAAGCAUAAAACAUGAAGGAAUUCAUUUCUAAUUAUCAGCUCCCUUGUUAAAGCGUGAUCGUGGCUCUCUACUUUUGACCGUUUUAUUGAAAUUAUGAAGGCGUUAUAGUAACUUACCUGAGCUUGUGGGAACAGUUGCAUGAGCAUCCUAAUAAUAUCUGCUCACACAUCAGCGCUUUCUCCGCGAACAUUCUUCAUUUCUUGGAAUGGAUGAAAGCAUAUUCUGCUUUAUCCCUUUCUUGCCCGUGUUUGGUUUUUUCUGAUACAUUUGCUUGGAAUUUUUUUUCUUUCGUACGUUACCCUUUCCUGGUCUGCUUACUAUCAAUCAGUAUCAUUGAUAUAUUCACUGAGCUGGCCAAAUAGAUUUGAGGCCAUGUCUAACUUAAAAGCAAAGGAAGGAAGGAGCCUUAUUCCUUAUUCUAGACAAAAAUUGCGUUGAACGGAGAGAAAGCGCUGUACCCAUGCCUAUCAGUGUGUUACAAAUAACUUCCGAAAAUUACGAAAGGUUAACGCUCAAAAAGUCUGCUUUAAAACUCUUCGAAGGACAACAUCAGUUCCUUUAUUUUGGCCAUGAAAAAGCAUUUCCUAGCAUAGUAUUGUGAAUAGAAAAAUAUAAGUAUGUGGUUUGAAUUAAUUUUGUAUAUAUACAAUUUUAGCUGUAGAUGAUAGAUGUUUGGCAAUUGAUAUUCAUACUUUGUACUAUUCUUAAUUAUUUCAUGAUUACUCGGUAGAUAUUUAGCAUAAAGGGC